GAUUUUGAUAAAAGUAAAAAUAUCAUUGUGAUUAAAAAUGAAGAUAAUCAUUCUUUAAAACAAUCGAAAACUGAAAACAUUAUCCAAUUCGACGACAAUAAUAAAAUGAAACAAUAUUUAUGGAUUUUACCAUUAAUACCGGCUAUACUUAUACCAAUCGAUUGUAUAUUACCAUAUUAUUUGGCCAUCAAAUCAAAUCAGGUUGCACCAAUAUUUCCAUAUGUAAGUGAUGCUGCAAGUUAUUCACCGGCUGCAAAUAUUUUUUCACAAAUAAUGGAUAUAAUUUGUAUAUCAGUAACAAUAGUCGGUUUGAUACGAUAUAAACAGGUGAAUUAUUUGAUCAAUGAAAUGAUCAAUAAACAAAAUGAUGAAAUUAAUUUAAAGAUAAUCAAAUCAUUACAAAAGUCAAAUUUUAUAACAUUAAUAUCAUCAAUAAUAGCAUCAUUUGGUGGUAUUAUGGUUGGAAAUUUUCGUGAAAAUGAAUUAUUUUGGCUACAUAUAUUCGGUGCAUUAUCAUUAUUUUCUGGAUUUGCAAUAUUUAUGUUUGUACAAACAUUUUUAUGUUGGCAUUGUUAUAAACAACAGUUAAUUAAUUAUAAAACCCUUCCAAUCAGUAUGAUAAUAAUAUGUAUUAUGCUUAUAUGUUUUUUACCACCAUUUUUAUAUGUAACAAUAUAUUCAGUAUCAAAAAUUGGUUUAGAUCAAUUUCUAAAUGUUCAAUAUCGUUAUUUUUGGCCUAAAAAUGAAAUUGCCUAUGUUGAACAUAUUAUUUCAACAAUAUUUGAAUGGAUAUUGAUCAAUAUUGCAAGUGUUUAUUAUUUUUUAUUAGCAUUUCAAAUGAAAAAAUUUGGUAAAACAAGAUUGCGAACAUUUUAUUUGAUAUAA